CUUGCUGAACAAAAACACAAUAUAGUAUGGUCACGUCAGGAAAAUGAAGGCAGACAAGAUUUUACUGGCACUGUUUCUAUCCCUACAUGUAUGUGUUGCAAUACACAUUUCAGGUAGUGGUCCUUCCGAAGUGAAUGUCUGUGAAAAUGAGCAUCUCUAUAUACGCUGUUAUGAUGAGGAUGAAUUCAUCAAAAUCAUAUCUGUUAACUACGGGAGGAUUGGAAAUAACACCAUCUGCCCAGCUGCUGACCAUUUGGUGAAUGAUAUCAACUGUCAAUCAUCGACUUCAAAGGCAAAAGUAACAUCAUUAUGCGAUGAGAAACGUGAGUGCUCCUUGAAAGCGGAGAACAGUGUAUUUGGAGACCCAUGUGUUGGGACUUACAAGUAUCUGAGUGUGGUACAUACCUGUAUCGAACUAACUUAAACAAACAAUGAGUAUAUUGAUAAAACACCCCAAGACUGUAGGGUAUUAAUGCUAUUAAUAAAAUACACAGUUCAUCAG